GCUAGUUCUAUCUACCUAAAUAUUGCAGGUGCUAUCGUGGGUUAGGGUAGCUGCUGUCCGUCGAAAUCCUCCUUAGGCCUUCUCCCAACUCUUCUCUUCUUCCCGCCUACCGUCCAGCCUCUCCACCGCUUAUUCUCCCCUCCCCUAAGCAAAAUAACGCCAUCAAGACAAAGAUCGAGCCUCAUAUUCCGCACUUUCUUCUAUUCUAUCACGACCAUUAAAUUUCUCGCUUGUAGACGUUGUUCCCGCUUAGUUGCGACCCGGGCAAUAUUAUACUGCUUGGUACUUAGCGGCUGGUAUUAAGCGCUUUUUUUUUUUCUGCCCGCAUCAAAUCUUUAUUUACCACCUUGCGAUCGUGGAAUCUUCAGAACAACUCCACAGCCGCAUAAUCACCAGCGUCUUAUCCGUCUUUUCCACGUCCCUUGCGCAACUACACCGCGAAGCUGUACUUCCCUUUCACGUAUCUCGGUACUUGCAUAUUUGAUGUACCUUUUCUUCGUAUAACAUCGUCGCAAACGACUUUCUUCGCAUUCGUAAGACUUUAACUCAAUUCCGUCUUCAACCGAAGCUGGAAUACACCUAAGCGCCUCGGUGAGGCAGAUUCUGCUGAUAAGUCGAAAUAUCUAUGGCGAAUCACCACCCGUCGCCGCAAAUGGCGAUGCAAAUUCAGCAUCAUGGCCCGCCAGUGCCUCCUCCUCCUCCCGGCCCAGCCCAAGGGAGUCAAUGGGCACCGUCGCGCCAUAUCGUCGCUGUCAACGAAGCACUUUGGAUGCAGAUUGGUAGUUUCUCGGAACUCCUCGGUAACUUAGACGAAGCUAUGAUCGCUUACGAGCACGCGUUGAACGCGAACCCAAACUCCAUUCCUGCGAUGAAUGCAAUCAGUUUGAUCCUCAGGACGCGUGAAGAUUUUCACAAGGCAGUCGAGUACUUGCAAGCCAUACUUAAGAUAGAUGCAAACAAUGGCGAAGUUUGGGGUAGCCUCGGGCACUGCUACCUAAUGAUGGAUGACUUGCAGCAGGCGUAUGCUGCUUAUCAAUCCGCUUUAGUUAAUUUGCCCAACCCCAAAGAACCCAAGCUCUGGUAUGGCAUAGGUAUUUUAUAUGACCGCUACGGCUCCCUUGAUCAUGCCGAGGAAGCUUUCUCGCAAGUCAUGCAGAUGCAACCGGAUUUCGAGAAAGCCAAUGAGAUAUAUUUCCGCCUCGGUAUAAUCUAUAAACAACAGUCGAAAUAUGGCCCUAGUUUAGAGUGUUUUAAGUACAUUGUGAACUCUCCGCCACCGCCGCUGACCGAAGAGGACAUUUGGUUCCAAAUUGGACAUGUCCAUGAACAACAGAAAGAUUACGAUAGCGCAAAGGCUGCUUAUAUGCGGGUUCUUGAACGCGAUCCCAACCAUGCCAAGGUCCUCCAACAGUUGGGUUGGCUCCAUCAUCAGCAAAGCAGCAGUUUCCAGACCCAGGAACGAGCUAUCGAAUACUUGGAGAAAUCUGUUGCUGCAGAUAACAACGACGCCCAAAGCUGGUACCUCCUUGGCCGAUGUUACAUGUCACAGCAGAAGUAUCCCAAGGCAUACGAAGCAUAUCAGCAAGCAGUGUAUCGUGACGGGAGGAACCCCACAUUCUGGUGCUCCAUUGGUGUGCUCUACUACCAGAUCAAUCAGUACCGUGAUGCUUUAGACGCAUAUUCUCGAGCGAUAAGGCUGAACCCGUAUAUAUCUGAAGUCUGGUAUGAUUUGGGUACUCUAUACGAGUCUUGCAAUAACCAGAUCAAUGAUGCUCUAGACGCCUACCAAAGGGCUGCCGAAUUAGAUCCCGCCAAUCCACACAUCAAGGCGAGACUGCAGCUUCUAAGGGCUGGCCAAACUCCAGGAAGCCUUCCCCAGGCCGUGCCCACCGACGUUCACCCCCAAUCCUACGGAGCUCAGGGGCCGCAAGCACCUACCUGGACUGGCUCCGCGCCAAUGCAGCAAUCCGGACCUGGCCCUCACAGACCACCCCCAGGACCUGCCGCUGCUAAUGGUUGGGGCCAAAGAACCAGUGAUAUCAACCCACCACAGCCACCUAACCCCUAUGAGCAGCGCGAGCCCUUUCGUGGUCCGCCGCCUCCACUGCCAAGACAGCCCAGUCCCAGGCAGGAGAUGAGGCAAUACGGAGAGGCAAGCCGUCCGGGCCCAGCACCAAUUCGAAGAGGUCCUUCUCCGGGUCCUCCCGCCCAAUAUGCACCGCCUCUACCAGGACCAUCGCAGCAGCCUCCCCUACCUGCUCAGGGCCCGGCUAGAGUCAACAAUCCCAAUUAUACUCCAGCACCUUCUUCAAACAUGGGGCCCACGAAUGGUCCGCCUAAUGGUGGCCCGCCGCAUUCCCUAAUGACCUACCGCAACGGCUCCCCUCGCUCAGAACCAAGACACAUGCAUGAUAACCGCAUGCCGUCACCAAAAUCGGCAUAUCCUCAGCACCAAGCUCCGUUCCCUCACCAACAAGAGCCUGGAAUGCCGGGUAGCAUGGAACCGGGGGCUCACCCAAAAGGAGCAAUUGGGCCCGAUAUCCAUCGGGAUCACGAUAGGCCGGCCUCCGUCGCGUCCAAGAGGUUGCGAGAGUGGGAAGAUGAGCCCUCUAUCAAAAAACCUGCCAAUGAAGAGACUCGUGCUCGAAUGGAAGAUAUACGCCACCGACGACAAUCCACUCCGCCGCCGCCGCGGGAUCCUUACCGUCGUUCCCCUGACGCCCACCGAUUUGAAGAACAACGGCGCAUAGAGGAGCAGCGACGGGUUGAUGACCAGAGGCGGGUCGAAGAAAUGCGACGGGUUGAAGAGCAGCGACACGCAGCUGAGAGUUACCACCCAUCGGAUGCCGCCCAUCACCCGCCCACACAUUCAAUGCCAAACCAUCUACCUCCUAUGCAGCAAGGCCCGCCUCCUCCAUUGCCAAGCUUAAUUCAUGACGGACCGCAGCCAAGUCCCGCCCCAAAAGAUUACCCCCAAGAUGAGCGGCAGAGACUAGACCACCCGCCUGCUCCUACUUCGUCGCAAAUGAAUGAACCAGAGCGUGCUGCGAGGAAAAUGGAUGUUGACGACGAUUAUGACGACAGCGGGGAAGAAGAGAAGAAGGUGGGAAUUAAUGGUGCGGCAUCAGGGCCAGGCUCAACAUCUGGAGAGCUGAAGAAUACGACGCCGACGAGUGCUAGCAUCAAUGGAAUAAUGGGGCCUACGCCCAAAGCGGAGGGAAAUGCUUAGGACUGGAAGGUGUCAGCAGUGAAUGCUGAACUUCGAUACAUACCCUUUUCAUUGUUCAGGAUUAUUUCGAUGCUAUGUAUAUCACUAGUGAAAGUUGGCGAACUGCCUUCUGUUAGAUACUGGCAAGGCGACGAGAAGUCUGUCUAUCGUUUCUAAACAUUUGCUUAUCAGUUCAAUAAACUCAAUAUCACCUACCUGUUAUAAUAUCUUUAGAUCAUGUGCAAAUAUCUAUACAAUGGUACCUAAGGUAUUACAUAGGUAGUAUAUUUAGUGUGACACGGGUAGCUAAUUACCUAGGUAUAUUAUGUACGUAGAGG